AUGAACCUUAUGUUGAUUUCACCCGGUUGUGUCGCUGUUAUCGACUGCGUGGCCGCAGCCAUGGGUGCUAAGCGGGCCCAGAAAUACCUUGAGACUGUCUUAUUUCUGCUUCGUUACGCAGCUGAUCCCGAGAGCGUUCUCUACGGGACAGGCAUACCUCCCACUCUGGACAGAGAGGGUUUGCCGCUCGCCCCAACCGCCAGGUUGCCGCAGUUCCGCCAGAAGAUCCGCUCCGCUCCGCGCGCAGCCAAUGUCAAGAACAAGAACACCGAGGCCGCGGAUGAGGCGGCAGUCGCUCAGUCGACCCUGUAA